UUGAAAACAAUAAUCCUCCUAUCCAAACGCAUCUCUUCUUCAAUAAUCCCGCGCUUAUUCGAAGACGAACCAAAUCAAAAGCUAACUCUCCAUCGUCAGCGACUCUUUCUCAAAUUGGCUCUUUCAAAUUUCCACCAAUGUCUAAUCCAAUCAUCCUCUCCGACGACGAAGAAGACAACCAGAAGACUCCCUUGCCAUCUCUCUCCAAAAAACCCAGAAUCGCACCAGACCCUUUCCCUACUAUCUUCGUGCUUGAUGAUGAUCCGACCCCUCAGAAACCCAAGUCUGUUUCCUCCACUCCCUCUUUCGUUGCCGAGACUCCAAUGUCCGAUCUCUCUAUAGUUAAAUGCACAAUUGCUCCUUCAAAUCUCCAAACCACAGUUUCCGAUUGUGAUAAAAAACUCUCAGGCAUUAACAGGUUGAUAUGUUUGGAAUCUGAAAAUGAUGAAUCUGAAAGUAGCUUAGUAAUGGAAAGUUUGAAGAAGAAGAAAACAAUGGAUAAUCAUGACGAUGAGAUCGAUAAGAUGGGAUGCAGUUCUAGAUUCUUCAGUUUGAUGGAUUCACUUGGUGACGCUACUCUAAACCAAAUGUCAGGGGACAAUUCUUCCCAUGAAAUUUUCUCGCAAGAUGUUAAUCAGGCAAAUGAUACUGAAGAAGAAAAUUUUAGCAUGGAACAGAUGAGUAGCAUAGUAAAAGAGAAAAUAACUAACGUAAAUUCUGACAAGAAAAGUAGUACAGACAAAACAAAGGCAAAGAAGAAGAUGACAAAAGAGGAAAGGAUGACAAAAGAGGAAAGGAUUCUCUUAAUGGAAGAAAAAAAGCUAAAGAAACAACAAGAGAAAUUGGAAAAAGCAGCUCUGAAGGCUCAAGCUGUAGAGUUGAAAAAAAUGGAGAAGGAAAAGCAAAAGUGGGAGAAAGGGAAGUUUGCCCUAAAAUCCAUUGUUGCUGAAUUUGAUACUAAAGUAGUUGAACAGGGAUCUGUUGGAGGGCAUCUGCUUUCCAGGUUUGCUGAUAAAGGCCUUAAAUAUCGGAUAACAUCAAAUAUAAUUGAAAAAUCUAUUGUGUGGACCAUGAGUGUUCCAGAAAAUAUUUUGCAGCUUUCUCCUGAAGGAACUGAGGUACGAUAUGUGUUACUUGUCUAUGAGGCUGAGGAAUUCUGCAAUCUUGUUAUCAAUGAAUCACUUCUUGAUCAUGUUUCUAGAGUUCAAAGUUACUAUCCAUCUUAUACAGUCUGCUAUGUCACAAAUAGGUUGAUGGCCUAUAUCAAUAAAAGGGAAAAGGAACAGUACAAGAACCCAGAAAAUAAUAAUGCUUGGAGACGUCCGCCAAUUGAAGAGGUCCUGACGAAAUUGACCACUUGUUUUGUCAGGGUACAUUAUAGGCAUUGUAUAGAUGAAGCUGAACUUGCUGAACAUAUUGUUGGUUUAACAUGCAGCCUGGCAUCUUGCCAAUUUAGAAAAAAGUUAACACGACUGUCUGUAAAUGCUAAUGGGUCCCUUAUCCCUAAGGCUUCCAUUGACAAGAAUUUAAUAAAAAAGAGUCCCUGGUUAAAAGCAUUGGUUGCUAUACCAAAGGUGCAGCCACGAUUUGCCAUUGCUAUAUGGAAGAAAUAUCCUACCAUGAAAUCUCUUUUGCAAGUUUACAUGGACCCUAGUAAAUCGGUGCAUGAAAAGGAAUUUCUGCUUGAGGACUUGACAACAGAAGGUUUACUUGGUAGUGACAGAAAAGUAGGUCGGAUUUGUUCUAAGCGAGUAUACAGAAUACUUACGGCUCAAAGUGGAAGCAUCAAAACUGAUGAUGUUGAGGAUGGUGCUGAUUUUUUCAGGCAUCAAUCAUCCUAAAUAACUUGGGAAAUGUAAUUCUUGCAGAUCAGAACAGGAGAUUGUACAUGUUAAUUUCAACUUUGUCAUUACUAAUUAUUUCCUGCCAAUGCUUACUUUGCAAGGACAGCUGAUUUGUUCCAUACACUUCAAGAUAGCACCGACGCUGUUGAAGUUCUAUCUGGAAUUCACUCCUCUCAAGUGGCAUUAGAAAUUUGAUCUGUAUUUCCAAAACCAUAAGCAUCGUGAUCAAUAGGUACGUUGACUAACUGAUAUGAAUCAAAUCAAUUGCUAGUGUACAAUAGAUCGUAUCAAGAUUUUAUUUUUCUUUUUCCAUUAUUAUGAGUUUGGAGAGAUCUUCAAAUGCAAGCAAAGGAUGUGGCCACUAAAAGAAUCCUUGCAAUAUUUAUGCAAACAAGAAGAUCAUUCCCUGCUUGCGCUUGUAGUGGCAGAGGCAUACACAGAGAAAUUAUCCAGUGGUUUUUGACUAGCUAUACUAAACCAGUCUAGUAUCUGCAUCACUUACACUGUUGCUCCUAAAUUUCAACAAUUGUGCCUUGUGACAUCUCGUCAUUAUGGGUUUCCUAUGGAUCUCUAUCCUAUCUCUCCAUCCGCCUCUGGAUGUUGUGAGGAUUAAUUUCUUUCGCUUAGAGUGAGACGGUAGCAACAAUGAUUACUUUUAGUAUGAUUGGAGGAUUAAUCUUAACAACUUGAUUAGCAACCCUGUUGCCAGGGUCAGAUGCCCCUAGUGCCCAUUAGUGGAUAGCUGCUGCUGCAUCAACAAUUAGCAGCAGUUCUGGAGUUAUAACCUUUGUUAAGCUGUUGGUGGAUUUUCUUUUUACUUUUUCUCUUUAUUACCUCAGGCUUUUCUAUUAAAAAAAUCAUGUAGAUUUUCAUCAAAAAAUUUAUUUUUAUCAACUCGAGAAUUUUUUGCUUCCCA